AUGGCCAAAAGAAAGGAAGAAAAUUUCCCAUCUCAUGAAAAUGCCAAAAGAUCACGACAAGAAGAGGGGGAGGAUUUCGAUAGAGAUGGUGACGAAUACAAUGGUACCUCCACUUUGACUGAAGCAGAAGUUGGAAUAAUUGAGAGUAUACAGCUGAAAAACUUUAUGUGUCAUUCCAUGCUUGGACCAUUUAAAUUUGGUUCUAAUGUUAACUUUGUUGUUGGGAACAAUGGAAGUGGGAAGAGUGCAGUGCUCACGGCUCUCAUAGUUGGGCUUGGUGGAAAAGCAAUUGCUACUAAUAGAGGAUCUUCUUUGAAAGGUUUUGUAAAAGAUGGACAAAACUCAGCAGAUAUCUCAAUAACAUUAAGGAACAGAGGAGAUGAUGCAUAUAGGGCAAAUGUUUAUGGGGACUCUAUAAUUGUGCAACAACACAUCACCAUGGAUGGAAGUCGAUCUUACAAACUAAAAAGUGAAACAGGAACUGUGGUUUCUAAUAAGAAGGAAGAACUGAUUGCAAUUCUCGAUCAUUUUAACAUACAGGUAGAUAAUCCAGUUUCUGUUUUAACACAAGAGAUGAGCAAACAGUUCUUGCAGUCCAAAAAUGAAGGAGACAAAUACAAAUUCUUCAUGAAAGCCACCCAGCUUGAACAGAUGAAGGAAGAUUACUCAUAUAUCAUGGAAACAAAAGAAAGAACAAAAGAGCAGAUCAAUCAGGGAGAAGAGCAACUUACUGAGCUGAAGCGCCAGUGUUUGGAGAAAGAGGAACGUUUUCAAAGUAUUGCUGGCUUAAGUACAAUGAAAAAUAAAUUGGAAUACUUGAAACAUGAAAUGGCUUGGGCAGUGGUCAAUGAAAUUGAAAAACAGUUAAAUGCUAUCAGAGAUAAUAUCAGAAUUGGAGAAGAUCGUGCUGCAAGGCUGGAGAGGAAAACUGAAGAACAGCAAGCCCUACAGGAUCAAGAAGGUUCAGUUAAUCAAGAGAUUGAACAAUUUCAGCAAGCCAUAGAAAAAGACAAAGAAGAACAUAAUAGAAUUAAGAGAGAAGAAUUAGAUGUAAAGCAGUUGCUGAGCUAUAACCAGAGACAGCUAAAGGAACUGAAAGAUAGUAAAACUGAUCGACUGAAAAGAUUUGGUCCUAAUGUUCCAGCUCUUCUUGAAGCCAUAGAUGAUGCUCAUAAACGUGGACAUUUUACCUACAAACCUAUAGGCCCUUUAGGAGCAUGUAUUCACCUCCGUGACCCUGAGCUGGCUUUAGCUAUUGAAUCCUGCUUAAAAGGACUUCUGCAAGCCUAUUGUUGCCAUAAUCAUUCUGAUGAGAGGGUACUUCAAGCACUGAUGAAACGAUUUUAUUCACCAGGCACCACAAGGCCACAAAUCAUAGUUUCUGAGUUUCGGAAGGAGAUGUAUGAUGUUAGACACAGAGCUGCGUAUCAUCCAGACUUUCCAACAGUUCUGACUGCUUUAGAAAUAGAUAAUGCAGUUGUUGCCAAUAGCCUAAUUGAUAUGAGGGGCAUAGAGACAGUGCUGCUAAUCAAAAAUAACUCUGUAGCUCGUGCAGUUAUGCAGUCCCAAAAGCCACCUAAGAACUGCAGAGAAGCAUUUACUGCUGAAGGUGAUCAGGUUUUUCCUGGGCGUUAUUAUUCAUCUGAAUAUACAAGACCAAAGUUCCUGAGCAGAGAUGUGGAUUCUGAAAUAAGCCACUUGGAGAAUGAUGUUGAAAAUAAGAAGGCUCAGAUUCUGAAUCUUCAGCAACAUAUAUCUGCCCUUGAAAAGGACAUUAAAUGUAAUGAAGAACUUCUUAAAAGGUGCCAGAUACAUUAUAAAGAGUUAAAGAUGAAGAUAAGAAAACAUCUUUCUGAAGUUCGAGAACUUGAAAAUAUAGAAGAACACCAGUCUGUAGAUAUCGCCACUUUGGAAGAUGAAGCCCAAGAAAAUAAAAACAAGAUGAAAAUGGUUGAGGAAAAUAUGGAGCAACAAAAAGAAAAGAUGGAGAAUCUUAAAAGUGUGAAAAUAGAGGCAGAGAACAAGUAUGAUGCAAUUAAAUUGAAAAUAAAUCAACUAUCAGAGCUAGCAGAUCCCCUUAAGGAUGAAUUAAACCUUGCUGAUUCUGAAGUGGAUAACCAAAAACGAGGGAAGCGCCAUUAUGAAGACAAACAAAAAGAACACUUGGACACAUUAAAUAAGAAGAAACGAGAACUGAACAUGAAACAGAAAGAACUAGAGGAGAAAAUGUCACAGGCAAGAAAGAUCUGCCCAGAGCGGAUAGAAGUACAAAAAUCUGCCUCAAUUCUAGACAGAGAAAUUAACCGAUUAAGGCAAAAGAUAGAGGCAGAACAUGCUAAUUUUGGAAAUAGAGAAGAAAUAAUGAAGCAAUACAAAGAAGCAAAAGAAACCUAUGCUGACUUGGAAAACAAAGUAAAGACUUUAAGAAGAUUUAUUAAAUUAUUGGAAAAAAUAAUGAUUCACAGAUGCAAAACAUAUCAGCAGUUUAGAAGGUGCUUAACAUUACGAUGCAAGUUGUACUUUGACAACUUAUUAUCUCAGCGGGCUUACUGUGGAAAAAUGAAUUUUGACCACAAGAGUGAAACCCUUAGUAUAUCAGUUCAGCCUGGAGAGGGAAAUAAAACUGCUUUCAGUGACAUGAGAGCCUUAUCUGGAGGUGAACGGUCUUUUUCAACGGUUUGCUUCAUUCUUUCUCUGUGGUCCAUUGCUGAAUCUCCUUUCAGAUGCCUGGAUGAAUUUGAUGUCUAUAUGGACAUGGUCAAUAGGAGAAUUGCAAUGGACAUGAUACUCAAGAUGGCAGAUUCCCAGCGUUUUAGGCAGUUUAUCUUGCUCACUCCUCAAAGUAUGAGCUCACUUCCUUCAAGUAAAUUGAUUCGAAUUCUCCGAAUGUCUGAUCCUGAAAGAGGACAAGCUACACUGCCUUUCCGACCUGUGACUCAGGAGGAAGAGGAGGACUGA